AUGGUUUCUGAGACCGUUAAACUAAACAAUGGCUUAGACAUGCCUCUAGUAGGGCUUGGCUGCUGGAAAAUCCCCAACGAAGUAUGCGCUUCCCAGGUCUAUGAAGCCAUCAAGCUUGGGUACCGACUCUUCGAUGGAGCUCAAGACUAUGGCAACGAGAAACAAGUCGGUGAGGGAAUCCGUAAGGCCAUUGACGACGGCAUCGUGGCAAGAAAGGACUUGUUUGUGGUGUCCAAGUUGUGGAAUUCCUACCACGAUCCAAAAAACGUGAAAUCUGCAUUGAAGAAAACCCUUUCGGAUAUGGGUCUCGAGUAUUUGGAUCUUUUUUACAUUCACUUCCCCUUGGCGUUCAAGUACGUUCCAUUUGAGGAGAGAUACCCACCAGGGUUUUACACAGGCGCCGAAGACGAGAAAAAGGGUGUCAUUAGUUUGGAAAAAGUGCCUAUUCUUGACACCUAUCGUGCACUUGAAGAAUGCGUCAAGGAGGGUCUCAUCAAAUCCAUCGGUAUCUCGAACUUUCGCGGUAUCUUGAUCCACGAUUUGUUGGCCGGUGCCAAGAUCCCUCCCGUGUGUUUGCAAAUUGAGCACCAUCCUUAUCUGACUCAAGAGCACCUGAUAGAAUACUGUGAGCAAGCUGGAAUUCAGGUCGUCGCAUAUUCAUCAUUUGGUCCCCAAUCUUUCAUUGAGCUGGAUUCAGAGCUCGCCAAAAGCACCCCUACAUUGUUCGAACACGAAAGCGUGAAAACAAUUGCGAACAAGCACAAUGUUACCGCCUCUCAAGUUUUACUAAGAUGGGCCACUCAAAGAGGGAUUGCCAUCAUCCCUAAGUCAUCUAAGAAAGAGAGACUUUUGGACAACUUGCAAAUUAAUGAGAAGCUUACUUUAACGGAAGCAGAAGUGAAGGCUAUCUCCGCAUUGAACAAGGACAUUCGCUUUAACGACCCUUUCACUUGGCUCAACAGCAAAUUUCCAGUUUUUGCUUAG